AUCAUCACUCCUGUUCCUGCAUCCCGUCGAGUCUCUAUUUUCGCUCCUCACGCAUUUCGAUAUGGACUUGGUCAAUUUUCUGCUCGCUGUUGCAAUCACCGCCUGCACAGUGAAAGUUUCUCAUCAAGGGCCAAGCCAGCGCAGACUGUACAGGGACCUGAUGAAUGGCUACAACCCACUAGAGAGACCAGUCCAGAAUGACUCUCAGAGUCUCACUGUUUCCUUUGGCCUCAGCCUCAUGCAGAUAAUGGAUGUGGAUGAGAAGAACCAGGUUUUAACAACCAACAUUUGGCUACAGCUGUACUGGACUGACUAUUACCUCCAGUGGAAUUCAUUGGACUAUCCAGGUGUGUCCAAUGUGAGAUUUCCUGACCAUCUCAUUUGGAAGCCAGACAUUCUGCUGUAUAACAGUGCAGACGAAAGGUUUGACGCUACGUUCCAUACCAACAUUUUGGUCACCUCAGCGGGCUACUGUUCAUACCUCCCUCCAGGAAUUUUCAAGAGCACCUGCCACAUCGAUGUGCGUUGGUUCCCCUUUGAUGUCCAAAGAUGUGAACUGAAGUUUGGUUCCUGGACAUACGGGGGUUGGUCUCUGGACUUAAAGAUGUUGGACGCAGAUAUCACCAAUUACAUUGCUAACGGGGAGUGGGAUCUUGUCGAGGUUCCAGGAAAAAGGAAUGAGCGCUUCUACGGCUGCUGUGAGGAGCCGUACCCUGAUGUCACCUUCACCGUGGUGAUGCGCAGACGGACGCUCUACUACGGCCUCAAUCUUCUCAUCCCAUGUGUCCUGAUCUCUACUCUGGCCAUGCUUGUCUUCCUCCUGCCUGCCGACUCCGGGGAGAAGAUCUCACUGGGUUCGAGUAUUACAGUCCUGCUCUCCCUGACAGUUUUUAUGUUGCUGGUUGCAGAGAUUAUGCCCGCCACAUCAGACUCUGUGCCUUUAAUAGCUGAAUACUUUGCCACUACAAUGGUCAUUGUUGGACUCUCAGUAAUUGCUACAGUUCUGGUCUUGCAAUAUCACCACCAUGACCCUGACGGAGGCAAGAUGCCAAAGUGGACCCGUGUGAUCCUCCUGCACUGGUGUGCCUGGUUCCUGCGUAUGAGGCGUCCAGGUGAGGAGCGGGUCCGUUCAGCCUGUCACAACAAGACUCGACGGAGCAGCCUGACCAGCAUAGACCUCAACGCAAGUGCCUCGGCCUCCCAGUCCACCAAUGGCAACAUGCUCUAUGUUGGCGUGCGCGGCCUGGAGAGCAUUCACUGCUCCACUGCUGCCACCUCGUGUGAUUCUGGGGUCCUCUGCGGACGCCUGGUUGGACGGGCAGGUGAGGAUGAGAUGCUCCUCCCAGCAGGUCAAGUCACCCCAGUUGGAAGCCUAGAAUUAGAGAUAGCCAAGAUCCUGGAUGAGGUGCGCUACAUUGCAAAAAGGUUCCGUGACCAAGACGAGAGUGAGACCAUUUGCAACGAGUGGAAAUUUGCCGCCUCUGUUAUUGACAGGCUUUGUCUCAUGGCUUUCUCACUCUUCACCAUCCUCUGCACGAUUGGUAUACUCAUGUCAGCGCCCAACUUUGUAGAGGCCAUUUCCAAAGACUUUUUCACUUGAGUAUAUUUCCAGGAAGUGAAUGAAAUAAAUAUAAAGGCCUAUGUAUUGGCCAAUCACUCUUCUCAUAAACCAACCAUUGUCAAACACAUGGGGUAGCAACUUGGAUCAGGUCACCCAUACCGUUAGUUUUUCUUCUGCAUCACACACCCUGAUCCUCUCGUACUGUAUUAUUCUGACGUUCUAGACUACAAGGCACUGUUUCAAAAAUGCAGCUGUGAUUUAUGUGGUG